UUAUUUCCACUUCCAGGUGACGAUCCAGAUAUAAUAUAUUUCUGGUUCCUAACGGUAUGGACGUACGGUUUAUUUUGGAUAAUUGGCGGGAUGUUUACGUUCAUGGACGUCACAGGCAAGCCGGCCUUCAUGCGGAAGUACAAAAACCAACCCGGAAUGAACGAACCACUAGAGUGGGGCAAGCUGAAGCACCUGGUCAAAACAGUCAUUAUUAACCAGCUGGUCUUCGGGCUGCCUACCUCAUACACAACCUACCAAGUACGGAAAAUUGUGGGAGAUCCCCUGCCGGAUAUGCGAGUGCUUCCCACAUACGACAUCGUGGUGCGGGAUAUGUUGAUCUUCAUCCUGACCUGGGAGGUUACGUUCUACUACAGCCAUCGAUUGCUGCAUGCCGGCUUCUGGUACAAACACAUCCACAAGAAGCACCACGAAUGGUCCGCCCCGGUUGCCUGGGCCUCGAUGUAUGCCCAUCCCUUCGAGUUCAUCAUCAGCGAUCUGCUUCCGGUGUACAUUGGCCCGGCCGUCAUGAAAAGUCAUCCGGCUACGAUCGCUCUCUGGUUUGUGUUUGUCAUGAUGGAUACGCUGGUGGACCAUUCCGGCUAUCACGUCCCGGUCCUGGGAAGCUCCGAACAGCACGAUUUCCAUCAUCUAAAGUAAGUCAUUUUAAACUUG